UUCCGUGACAGCCAUAAACGCAGUGAAAGCUGUUAAAAAAUUUCAAGUUUCUGUGAAAAUCAUCGCAUAUUUAAUUGGAUCACGGCGACAUCAAUAACGCCCACGUCAACGGAGGUCAUCAGCGUCACCGGCGCAAUGCCACUGGCCGAUUUGAAUAAAGAUUUGCGCCAGCAACAGCAGCUGGGCGUGGGCAUUGCCGUCGGUAACAAUGCUCACCUAGACCAUGCUAAUGGCACUUUGGGCCAACAGCAGCUGCGUCAGCGCAUGCAGAUCACAUCGUCCGGAUGCAGUAGUCUGGCCGUGACACCUAUGGAGCAUACGCCCACCGACGAAGAAAGUGGUGCCGUGACCACUGUGACGUCAUCUCAGCGCAGACAGCAGGCUCAGCAUCAGCAGCAACAACAUUUGCAACAGGUGCAGCAAACGGCACUGCAAGCAGCAUUGGAGCACCACCACAUCAGUUCGGUUACGGCAGAUACUACCGAGCUGAUGGAUUUAAGUGAUUCUGAAGGCUACGCACCAGCCGCAGGCGAUGCAGAGUUACGUGAAAAUGAGUUUGAAUUGCGCGAAGUAGUCAAGGAAGGUCAUGAAAAAGCCGACCCUUCGCAAUUCGAAUUGCUGCGCGUGCUGGGCGAGGGUAGCUUCGGUAAGGUGUUUUUAGUACGCAAGGUUGUUGGCAAGGAUGCAGGCACGCUAUACGCCAUGAAAGUAUUGAAAAAAGCCACUUUGAAGGUCAAGGACCGUGUGCGUAGUACAAACGAGCGUAAAAUACUAGCCGACGUGGGUCAUGCGUUCAUCGUAAAAUUGCACUACGCCUUCCAAACGCCCGGCAAAUUGUAUUUGAUUUUGGAUUUCCUUCGCGGUGGUGAUCUUUUCACACGGCUAUCCAAAGAAGUAAUGUUCACGGAAGAGGAUGUUAAGUUUUACCUAGCUGAGUUGGCACUGGCUUUAAAUCAUUUGCAUUCACUUGGUAUUAUCUAUCGCGACUUAAAGCCGGAGAACAUUUUACUAGACGAACACGGCCAUAUCGCGCUGACGGAUUUUGGACUAUCGAAACAACCACUAGACGGAUCGAAGACUUACAGUUUUUGCGGCACAGUAGAGUAUAUGGCACCGGAAAUAGUGAACCGAAAAGGACACGACUUUGCAGCUGAUUGGUGGUCUUUUGGUGUACUGAUGUAUGAAAUGUUAACAGGUAACUUGCCAUUCCACGGGCAAACACGCCAAGAGACCAUGAAUCAAAUACUGCGUUCCAAAUUGGGCAUGCCCGAGAACCUCUCGCCUGAGGCACAAUCAUUGCUUCGCGCACUUUUCAAGCGCAAUCCCCAAAAUCGACUAGGUGCAGGUCCCAACGGAAUACUGGAUAUCAAAGCGCAUUGUUUCUUUGCCACAAUCGACUGGUUGGGGCUGGAACGGAAAGAAGUGCGCCCACCAUUUAUACCGGCGGUGUCGCGUGACGACGCUUUCUACUUUGAUGUGGAGUAUACAUCAAAGUCACCACGCGACUCUCCCGGUGGUCCUAUUUCCGCAUCGGCUCAUGAAAUCUUUCGGGGCUUUAGUUUUGUCGCGCCUGUGCUACUAGAUCAAACAUCCAACAGUUCGAGUCCUUUAUCCCCAUUCGUGCCCAACGCACAUCCCCAGCUGCGCAGUUUGCCAGGAGUGCUGCCUGGAAACUUUCAUUCCGAAUAUAAUCUGCUUCAGGAGCUAGGGCGUGGCACAUUUUCUGUUUGCCGUUUGUGUGAACAUCGCUCAACGAAGAAGCAUUUCGCCGUGAAGAUUAUAGAAAAAGCGGCAGCGGCGGCGUCAUCCAGCUCGGCGGACUGUUGGGAAGAGGUCGAGAUAAUGUUGCGCUAUGGCAAUCACCCCAACAUUGUCACAUUGUUUUCUGUGUAUGAGGACGCAACUUCAGCGUAUCUGGUUAUGGAGUUGUUGAAGGGCGGCGAGCUGCUCGAUCGCAUACUAGCGGUGGGACAAAUGUGCGAGAGUGAGGCGAGUGCGGUGCUGAGGACGGUCGUUUCGGCAGUGGCGUACUUGCAUGAGCAUGGCGUAGUGCAUCGUGACCUUAAACCAUCUAACAUGAUAUACGCGAGCAUGCGACAGACGCCGGAGACGCUAAAGCUAUGUGACCUGGGAUUCGCAAAACAGCUACGCGCAGACAACGGGCUAUUGAUGACACCUUGCUACACGGCCAAUUUUGUGGCGCCGGAGGUGCUGAAACGCCAAGGCUACGACCUGGCCUGUGACAUAUGGUCACUGGGCGUGCUGCUUUAUAUUAUGCUCUCUGGCCGUACACCAUUCGCUUCAACACCAAACGACUCGCCGGAGGUGAUACUAAAACGAAUCGGUUCCGGUCAUGUGGAUUUCACAUCGAGUCGCUGGGCAAUGACCGGCAGCGAAGUGAAAGAUUUACUGCGUCAGAUGCUGCACAUCGUACCAGAAAAUAGACCGACGGCAGCGCAAAUACUGCAGCACCCUUGGCUGCGUGAACAGUCGGCGGGUUCAGUGCGCCUAACGGAAUACGCGAUAAUACCCGCACAAAUGUCAGGCGCUGGUGUCAAUGCCAUAGGCGAAGGCGGCGCGGGGUUCGCGCAACCCAACGCCAACUCGGUACGCGAAGCGACGGCGGCGUUGCGCGGUGCCGUCGAUGCGACUUUCCGCGCGAUUGCAAUACCACAAGCGGCAAAUGUGGGCCCAGUAGAAAUGUCGAAACUGGCGAAACGACGUGCCAAAGACAAAGCCAACUUGCACUCGUAAAUUUUUUCGGUGAAAUUUAAUUGAAUCAUUGGCGAUUAUAUGAAAGCCGUUUUGUAUGCUCGCCGAAAAUUUGUUCAAAGGCUGUUGAUGUGUUUGUGUGUGGUAGAGCAAAUAGCCACCAUUAUUCCACGGCAUAAAUUGUUUGCGUAUUUAUUAAUAAAAACACGUACAUAUACGUACCUAGAAAUAGGCACGCGGGAAGAAGGAGAUACAAAUUAUAUUUUUAGGCAUUUUGUCGGCUUCCUAUGCGCGACUUCCAUAGGGUACACACA